CAAUCUAGUCGUGCAUUGUCAUCUUCAGUGUAAGUUAAUUAACAAUCGUGUAUAGCAAUCAUCUGUACGUUGUGUGUUGGUAGACCGGUCGCCGUGUAAGCAGUGGUUGGAGGAGGUCGUGUGUCUUCUGAUGGUGAUGGUGUGGACCGCUAGAUAAUAAUGGUGAACUGAUGACUGAGCCGAUUCAAGAUGGAUGACAAUCCCACAAGCCCCGGCCCGGAUGAACACGCCCCCUGCUCGCUGGCCCGCGAAGGUCACGUGAUGAGGACCAUCGUCCGCAACAUGGUGGUCAACAUGGAGUGCGUGCUGAGCGACCUGCAAGGCAUCAUGGGAGACAUCCAAUCGCUCGUGGUCCAGAUCGAUACCGUGACGGAGAAGAUCGACAAGCAAUGCGGCAACGAUACCGGAGGGUCGCAGGGUUCACCGCACCGGGUGCAGAAACCCGUCUGCAUGCACGGAUCUAUGACGUCAGCCGGCGUCUGCCAGCACCCGUCCUCUCAGUGCGCGUCGGAUUUCCCAAAGCAGCCGUUCAAUCCACUCGCAGGAACAAGCCAUCAGCGCGCUAACCCCAUCAGAACCCAAUCGACCGUUGAGCAUUGGCUUCUCAAAGGAGGGUCGGAUCCCGUCCUACGCCGGGACCCAUCUAGCCAGCAUUGUGCCGGGCAAGCGCAUCGCCACUCCAGAUCGAAAAGUGGCGAGGCCGUAUCGAUUUUCGAAAAACGCGAUCAGAUGGAGAGAAAUGGUUUGGGCGCUUCGAAAAGCCUGCUUCAUUUCCCCAAGGAGUCUGCGGGAAUUCCCGUUUCAUCAAGUGGGGGAAUUCCCGUUCCAUCGAGCGGGGGCAUCGCAGUCGUUCACCCGACAGUUCACAACAAUCCCAAAGUUCCGCACGUGAACACGGACGCGGACGAGAAAAUGAAAGAAAAACCCGAGCCUUUCACUUUCGUUUCGGACUUACCUCAAGGCCUGUGUAUCCACCCCGUCGUACAGUGCAUGCCGCUGUUGGCUCCCAAGCCGCCCCAAGCCGUGUUACCCAACACACUGCUCAAACUCAACGAGCUUUCCAACUCUUUUCAAAAGCCUUCCAAGAAGAGACACUCCGUCACGUCCGUCUACAACAAAUCUUUCCAACCCGUCACGCCCACUGAGCAGCAGUCUCCGGUGACCCAACCGAAAACGGUGAACAAUUUCAAAAUUUCGUUAGCCUCCUCUAAAGAGAACCAGCCUCCGUUAUCCAGCAUUGUGUUACCGCAAGAAGCUCAUCUUCGACUGUCGAGAAACGUCGCCUCUCUUCCCAGCAGUCCGCGCCUCAAAAGAUCCGCCACGUGUGUUAGCCAAACUUCAAAACCAAACAGCCCUCGUAUGCGACGAUCGUCGACGAAAGCAAUUUAUUCCAAAAUCGACGGGUCUACGCCUAGUACUAUAGGUCGAUCUUCAGGCUCGGUCAGGAUACAACAACCCAGCCCUCAUCACUACUAUCACAGCAUUGACAGCGACCUUGAUUCUGACCUUGUCGAGUGGCACGAUAACCGAAGCAUGACGCCGGAUAUUGACUGGUCGUAUCUUAAUUUAGUCGGAAACCAAAGAACUCGCCCUCCGCUUCAGAGACUCGGCACCAUCGACAGCGACGGUUAUGAGAAACCCGUCAUCCAACCCGCCCGCGCUUCUUAUCCUUUCCAAAUCCUCCAGACAAGCCCGGAUGUUGUGUCUAGACUUCCGGUUUUCCGCGCGAACUCUUCGUUAUCAGAAGACACGUUUCUGCGAGCCAGCCACUGUCUGGUAUCGAACGUCGCCUCCAUCCUGGAGAAGGUCUACAACAGCCCAGUGAUGACGCAUGUCUUCUGUGCAGAGGUCAGCUCGGCAGAGACCGGCUUCUACUGCGGAUGUUACGAAGCCGUCGUCGACUCGGUGCUAGAAAACGUCGCCGGGUUCGAAACUUUCGAAGAAGCCUGCCAGGAUUUUGAUACCGAAGCGGUUGUGAACGAGUCGUAUGUGAGUUUUGACGAUGAGUUCGAAGAGGACGAUUGGGAUAUGGGGCUGCGGCCGGAAGAUAACGACAUCGAUUUGCCUUCUUUCAAUAUGGACGAGUUUUACGACAACGACACGUUUUUGUUCGGUAGCUUAGAUGAUGUAAAUAAGAAUAUAUUGGAAACUGCUGAUAGUUCGAUGGUAGCUAACGUGACGGGGGAAAAGAAAUUAAGUCUGUAUGAUAACAAAGAGGAGUCCCCCAGGUUGUCGACCAAACGUAGAUUGUCUCCCUCCACUGCUGAUGAGAAUGUGUAUGACGAUAUGGAGCUCUUGCGCGCGAUAGGAAACUCGUUUACCGACGAAGACUGCUGCGCAAUGAAACCAAACCUUUCCGGUUACCAUCCGAAUUUUACGCUCUGGCCGAAAUCUUCCUCGCGUGACGCCGCGGGUGAGAAAACGGCUGUCGGUGUUUCGGAACAGGAGAUGAUGUCGUUGAGCGAAACCUCAUGCCAAGCGGUGGGCAGCGGCUCACCUAUGUCUUUCAGCUCACCGGAAGCCGCAUUCACCUCCCCGGAUACGGACCGCUUCGUGACGUCAUCGGAAGGCGAUGACCUUCUGACCUCCCAGGAGGAGAGCUACUUCCUGUCUGAGCAACCGCCCGUGACGAGCCAGUACCACAACGUGAACGUGGCCAGUCCAAAAGCCAGCAUGAAACAGCUGAGACGAGAGUUCUUCGAGUCUCUGUACACAGUCUGCGAGAGACGAGACAAAGAGCUGGGGCAGCACCUCCAGAAGAGGCUGUCGGAGGAGAGCGUCGGGUUCCCCCGGUUCGACAACAGCCGGGACGUGUCGGACGCCGACAGCUACACCGAGGACCUGAGCAGCUACAACCGGAACGUCAACACGUGGACGGCCUACGCUAUGGUGCACGUGCAGGCGGACGACGUGUCCGACACGGCCUCCGACAUCAUCAACGACAACAACGUCACGUGCAGCAUGUCCUCGUCGUACAUUGACGCCGACAACAUCGGGGCAGCUUCCGGUAACCAGGGACUUUCGUUUUAACUAUUUUGACGUGAUUUUGAUAUAUAGGAAACAGCUUUCAGUAACCAGGGACUUUCGAUUUAAUUAUUUUACGUGAGAUUGAUAAAUAAGAGCAGCUGUCGGUAACUUUCGUCUUAAUUAUUUUGACGUGAGUUUGAUAUAUAAGAACAGCUGUUGUUAACCAGGGACUUUCCAUUUAACUAUUUUGACGCGAGUUUGAUAUAUGGGAGCAGCUAUAGGUAACCAGGGACUUUCGUUUUAACUAUUUUGAUGUGAGUUUGAUAUAUAGGAGCAUCUUCCGGAAAUGUUCGUUUUAAUUAUUUGACGCGUUUGAUGUAUGGGAGAAACUACAGGUAUCCAAAGACCUACGUUUUGAUUAUUUGAACUUGAGCUUGAGAUAUACGAGACGUUUUAUUUAAUCAAGGGAUUUGCUCUAUUCUUGUGAUUGUGCCUAAUAGUUAAGUUCAAUCAAGGGACUAUUGUUUUAAAUGUGUGAUUUUUGCUGUAAAUAUGCAGGGAGCUUUAUAUAAUAGGUUAUGUUAGUUUAGGUUAGGUUAGCCUGUCACCCCUAAUGGGACAUAGGCGGCUGACAACAUAUAGUAAGUAGCCUGUUCUAAAUUGUCAACUCAUAUCAAACAAUAAAGAAAUCUUUGAACAUGCUAACUAAGGCAAGUAACAGCUACCAGAUAAAAAUAACUGUUAGUGUCAUUUAUGCUGAUUACAUCGGAUUAUUAAUCAGGGAUUAUAUUGGUUUAAUUUUCUGAAAUUAGUUUCACGUCCUUUCGUUACCAUGAAAUAAUAAUUAAUUUGCUCAUUCUUAAUUUUUUUCACACCAAAAUACACACUAAUAUAAAGAGGUUUUGAAACAAUUUCUAAUAUACAACGAAUGCUACACAAUCAGCUAUAAGCAUAGACAUAUCAUAUCCCCAUAACGAAUCAUAAAGAUGUAUACAUCUAACAUACUUUAUACAGAGUUUAAAUAUGUACGCAUGUUGCUUACAUAAGUUAGAAUCCAUAUCUCAAGAUUUUUACUUUCUUAAAGACUUAUUUUUCUACGAUUAAAAAAUAUCUCUAAAAUUUUCAAGAUAGAUACAAUAAUCUACCACUGAAUAAUUAAUAACCAGCUGUCCAUUUCAUGAUUUAUGUUAAUUUAUAUGUGGCCGGUCAUACACUGGUCACCACCAAUACCACGUGAUGCAGGCCGGUGUUUUAUUGAUUUUCAUCCUGCACGAGUUAUUUUUAGAAUUGGGCGAUGUUAUUGGUGUCGUGUUCAUAAAAUGCUGACGUUGACAGUUUGUGGUGGUGGUGGUGGUUUGAUAGAGGCACGUGCCGCCCUUUUGCGAGGGGGGGG